AUGGUCUUAGGCGCCUUUGCCUCGCCUGUUCAGCUAUCCACACGCGAAAUCUCCUCAAAUCUUUUACAGCAGUUUGAGCUAUUCUCGCAGUAUGCUGCAGUAGCUGCCUGUGACCAAAAUAUCAACUCCACGCAUAACAAACUGACAUGCGACAAAAACACGUGUGGACGUGUUGAAGCUGAUGACACCGAAACCAUCUAUGUCUUCAACAGCACAUCAGGCCCAGCAGGAUACAUCGCUUUGGAUCACACAAAGAAGCUGCUUGUCCUGACGUUCCGCACUUCUGUCUCUGUGAAGGACCUUGCCAUAGAUGAGAAGUCCGACCCAACCAAGAUUGAAGACAUCUGUCCUGGAUGCUUGACGCAUACCGGAUUCUGGGGCUACUGGCAAGAUGUUGCCGAUGACUUGAUUUCUCAAAUCGAGCAAGCCACCAAAGCAAACCCAGCCUACCACCUUGCAGUAGUCGGACACAGCAUGGGCGGUGCUCUUGCGACUCUUGCCGGAACCGUGCUUCGCAACAAAGGGUUCAAAUUGGACAUUUGGACCUUCGGAAGUCCCAAAGUCGGAAACUACCAGCUAGCCGAGUAUAUCACGAAGGCGAAGCCUAACAGCGUUUAUCGUGCCACUCAUUAUACCGAUAGUGCGCCAAAGGCCCCAGAAAACGUUCCUGGCUUGGAAUAUGUCCAGAGCUCUCCUGAAUACUGGAUUAACAAGCCCCUCAAGGAAGAGGUCACGGCUGAGGAUGUGAUUUUUCUUGAGGGAAUCAACAACCAGGAGGGAAAUGCCGGCCAUGGACUUAACGCGACUUCUGGUAUGCCCGAUGCCAACCAUGUAUGGUACUUUGGGCCAGUGCAGGUUUGCGAAUAUCCUGCUGAUUUCGCGUACGAUGCGCUUCCUUGA